AACACGCAAUUUUUCCGCAAUAAACUUCUAUCUAUCUUUUAAUCAUUUCUUAACAUUGCCCAAUACAAAAUAAAAUAUGACCAUGAUAAACAACAAAAUCCCCUAAAACUUAUACGAAUUUCAAUUAAACAUAGUUUUUUAUUUUAUUUUAUUUUUUAAAUUUUGGUUUCCGUGCACGCCUCACCAUCGUCAAAACAGAGUCUUCAAAAUCCCACUUCAUUUCUCUCACUUCUCAAUCUAAUUCAAUCCAAUCCAAUCCAAUCCAAAAAUCUUCCCUCAAGCUCUAAUUUCCGCCAUUAAUGGGGAACUGCUUUUCUUGUUCUUCAACCCCUUCCAAAACCCUCCCCAUCGAUUCCAAAUUCUCCUUCCCUUCCCCCCAUCCGGCCUCGCAUUCCGACAGCAACAGAAACACCGGAGGAUUUGCUUCCGGCGCCAUCCACCUUGGCGGCGGGCUGGAAGUCUGCCAAAUUUCGUCCUUCAACAAAAUUUGGGCUGCCCGUGAAGGUGGGCCAGAGAAUCACGGUGCCACAUUCUUCGAACCCAAUUCACUUCCCGAAGGAUUCUUCGUUUUGACCUAUUUUUGUCAAUCCAAUAGUAAAGCUCUGUUCGGAUUUGUCCUCGCCGGGAAAAAUACCGGGUCCAACGGAGAAGAAGCCUUAAAGAAGCCCGUGGAUUAUACUUUGGUAUGGAGCACCGAGUCAUCGAAAAUUAAACGAGACGGUAACGGCUACAUCUGGUCGCCGACGCCGCCAGACGGAUACAGAGCCGUCGGCCACGUCGUCACAGCCUCGCCGGAGAAACCCUCCUUGGACAACAUACGGUGUGUUCGAUUGGACAUGACGGAGGAAUGCGAGAAGGAAGCAUGGAUUUGGGGGCCGAUGAAAUCAAGAGACGAAAAUGGAUUUAAUGUUUAUAGUUCUAGACCCAAAAACAGAGGAAUCACAGAGAUGGGAGUUUCAACCGGAGCUUUUAUAGCUCUGCCGGCAUCAGAUACAGCGAAUUCUCCGUCCCCUGCUCUAUUCUGUUUGAAGAAUUUGAAUUCGAUCUCUGCAGCUAUGCCGGAUUUAUCCCAAAUUGAUUCUUUAUUUCAAGCUUAUUCUCCAAUUAUUUACUUUCAUCCAAAAGAAAAAUACCUUCCGUCGUCGGUAAACUGGUUUUUCUCCGGCGGGGCUUUGUUGUAUGAUAAAUCCAACGAGUCAAAUCCGGUUCCCAUCAACCCGGAUGGGUCGAACCUUCCUCAAGGAGGCUCAAACGAUGGACAAUUCUGGUUAAAUCUUCCCACAGACGAGGAAUUAAAAGAGAAAUUGAAAAAUGGGGAUUUACAGAGCUGUAAAGUUUAUCUCCAUGUAAAGCCGAUGAUCGGAGGAAUUUUCACCGACAUAGCGAUAUGGAUCUUCUUCCCCUUCAACGGGCCGGCAACAGCAAAGGUCGGGAUAAUCGACAUUCCAUUCACGAAGAUUGGUGAACACAUCGGCGAUUGGGAGCACAUUACAUUACGGAUGAGCAAUUUCACCGGCGAGCUCCGGCGAGCUUACUUCGCACAACAUAGUAAAGGUGAGUGGGUCGAUCCGCCGUCGCUGGAGUUCGAGAAGGGGAACAAAGUGGUGGCAUAUUCGUCGUUGAACGGCCAUGCAUCGUACUCGAAAGCGGGGCUGGUGUUGCAGGGCGGAACGGAGAUCGGAAUUCGGAACGAGACGGCAAAGAGCGGAUUGGUGCUUGACGCCGGAGAGAACUACUCUGUAGUUGCGGCGGAGUAUUUGGAGGGGAUGGUGGUGGAACCGCCGUGGUUGAAUUAUACUCGAGAAUGGGGGCCGAGAAUCGAAUAUCCUAUCGUUGAAGAGAUCGAAAAAGUGGAAAAUUUGCUGCCAGGGAGGUUGAAGGAAGGCUUCAGAGGAUUUGUAAACAAAUUGCCGGAUGAAAUUCGUGGAGAAGAAGGCCCAACCGGACCCAAGAUGAAGAACAGUUGGAAUGGAGAUGAACCUUAAUUCAAAUUAUUUGGUUUAAUUAUCAUUUUAGUUCCUAAUUAUCGUAUUUGAUUACAAUUUGUUCAUUGUAGCUUCAUUAAAACUUUCAAAAUACAACCAUUGCAACGACCAAAAAUAGAAAAAUAAAAAAAGGUAAUCAAACUUAUGAAUGUAAAAACCGACUGCAGGUCAAUUAUUAUUAUACUUACGGUAUCAUUAUUAAAGCUCAA